AUAUUUGCGCAUUAUUUACACCCAAACUGGAAGGAGGCCAUCUGUUGCGACCUCGGUGAACAGAGAGGUAAUAGACGCACAGGCCACCUUCAUCAACCCAACUCAGAGUAAAGGGCGCGAAGCUGACCCAUGUGCGGGGCACAGCAACCACAGAAGUUAUGAGAAGUAGUAUAACCAAAAUAAUGUGUUUGCUGUCUUGUGAAAGCAAUUAAAAGGGGCCGCCCUCCUCCGUCAUCUUUCUUUUUUUCCCCAUCGUUCUCUUCAUCGCUGUUAAAUGAUUAUAUUGAAAAUAGCUCAAAAUGUCCGAACGAGGCAGUUCUCUCCAGUAUCACAGGAGUGAGGGAUCAUCGUCUCAAAGCAUUUCCGAGAUGAGUAUCGAUUCGGACUACACCCCCGAGUUCAGCCUGGGCAUGAGGCCGGAAACGAAGCAGCUCUAUCGACCCGACGAUAGAUCAACUUGGGAUGAGUGGAACCCUGGUAAUAUCCACACCGAUGCAGAGGCUGGCUCCUUUUCCCAGGAGUGCGCUCUCAUCGUCCGCCGUGAACCGCAUCCGAGCAACAACAACCAAGCCGCGUUGCAUUCUAUUACUGUUCAAAGCCCGUUGAUCAAGAAGGUUCUCGAGGGCACGUUUGAGGGAUUUGAGGGUCUCAAUACGCAGUUGAAACAGCUGACUUUUAAGGCUCCCUUUCACCCUUUCUACUAUCGCUGGCACCGCUUUGAGAAGCUUCGCCAGGAUGAGCAGGACCAGGACACCAAGAACCACCUCGAUUUGCUAUAUGCCAUUCUGAGCAAGGAAAUUUUGCCACAUAUAGAGGCCAUGGAAGAUCUCACCAAAAACAAGGUGAUAAGCUUUGACUACUUAUGGACCAUCUUUUCGCCGGGAAUGGAAGUGUACACCAAGAUUGACGGCCACGACCGCAUCGUGUUACUGAGGGAUAGUAGGUACGGAGCUAACAUGAGUGGGGAGUACUUUUCCCUGGAGUGUCGGUAUAUCGACUGCAACGGUUCGAGGUUUGGAUACGUCGAAACCUCACUAGAAAUCAAUUCAUUUGACGGCGUGAAGAAACUCGUGGAUCUCGAUGCGUUCCCUUCCCACCUUCAUCCUGAUGUCGAGGGGCUUGUGAGUAGAUUGCACGCGCGCGGCGACAAUCUCGAGCAACUCAAUGGAUUCCAUCAUAUGUCGUAUUCGGGGUUUUACACAGCCAGGUCCACGAGACAGGUUCGGAAACGACAUGUAGAAAGUGGUCGUAUCAUCAUUGACCCGCACACUUUCAAUAUUUACGGAAUGCCGGGACCUAAUAUUGAGUCGAUCGAGUCCGAUGCGUCAACAAAUUCUGCCGAUGACAAGUUAUUCGGCGGAAUUCGCAAUGUGAUAUACAAGGCAACAAGCCAGGCAUUCCAGGAAUAUGAAAACGCCUUGAAAAGGCUCGGGAAAGACCAGAAAAGCACCAAAACUUUGAGUCCCAAGCAACGGUUGCUCUGCACUCCGAUUGUUCGAGGCUACUGCCUGACAUCCAAAUCCUGGGCCGAGUUUGACAUUGAGAACGUUGGCCCAGUACGCUGGAGUGGGAAUGCAUUCGCCAGACUCGUUCUCCCUCAUGGGUAUAAGGACAUCAUCCGUGCUUUUGUUCAAGAGCAACUCUCUCGCGACGAUGAUUUCGAUGAUAUUAUCUCCGGAAAAGGUCUUGGCUUUAUCAUGUUGCUCAGCGGAGAUCCAGGAGUUGGGAAAACCCUCACGGCAGAAUCUGUUGCUGAAGAGAUGCACCAGCCACUUUACUCGAUGAGUGCUGGUGAACUGGGAGAGACAGCUGCUGAGGUGGAAGACUCCCUCGAACUCGUUCUUGAGCUUACUAGCAAGUGGAAUGCUAUUCUUCUCCUCGAUGAAUGUGACAUGUUUUUGGAGGCCCGUACAACUGCCGACAUAAGGCGCAACCGCCUCAUAUCUAUUUUCUUGAAAAAACUCGAGUACUACCGCGGUGUAAUGUUCCUCACCAGCAACCGCAUCAGCGACUUUGACCCUGCGUUCGAAUCCCGGAUUCAUCUCACAGUUCACUAUCCAGCCCUGGAUACCGCCAGCAGGCUGCAUAUAUGGAAGACGUUUGUCAGGAUGGGGAAUUCGGACAGUCGGCUGAGCGAUAAGGACAUAGCAAUUCUGGCGAAGAAUGAGAUUAACGGGAGACAGAUCAAGAAUAUCAUCAAGACGGGUAGAUUGCUUUCGAAGCAACAGAAGGUCCCUUUGGGUAUGGAACAUGUGGAGAUGGUGUUGAAAGUUAAGAGGGGGGAUUUUCGUUGAUGGGAAAUGGUACACAGAACAUUUUAAAACCUUCAUUAGAUCUAUUGGCUUAUGUUAGAGAAAUGUUCAUUGGAGUAUGUAGGUCAAUGAUAUUCUAUCCUAUA